AUGGGAACAAUCGGAGAUUUCGAUAAAUUAAAGGAACAAUGGGGGAGUGAAAGAAGUUAUAAUGAUAAGGAAACAAGGGAGGCAAAGUUAUUACCGAAAAUUAGGGAGUGGAUUGAUGACUUCAUUAAGGAUGUAAGUGAUGAUGAUGAUGGUGGAAUUGGAACUAACGGAUGCCAGAACCUUCAAAUAAAUGGGGAAAACGCAACAGCACAAGAAAAAACAUGGUGCGCAUUUAUUGUAGCGAAUUCUUGGAAAAUGAAAGAAAAGAUGAACAGUGGACAUGACGGUAGUUCCGUCGAUGUGAAAAUAAAGGAAUAUAUUCAAUGUGCUAUAAAGCAAGUAUGGUUCAGUGUAUACUGGAGGAAAUAUUGUAGGGCCCAACAAAUUAUGGAAAGCGUAGAAGAAGUAAUGUGCACAUUGUACAAGGAACUUACCAAAGAGCAAAAAUGCAAUAAAUGCAGAUAUGAUAGAAUUCAAAUUCCGUUUGUGAAUCGUAUAAGUAUUCACAGUCUAAUAAAUGAUAAGAUAAAUGGAGAAAGGGGAAUGUUACAAAAAAUACAUAGCAUGCUCCCCAGGAGUUUGUGUAAUGCAGACAAAGGAAAGAAGAAUACUGUAUCAGGAGCACAUGAAUCAACAGAAGCAGUAGCAACGGUACCAAAUCCAGUCCCCGUCACCGUCGGUACCACUUCCAUCACCCCCAAAACAAGACCAUAUCAAUUCUUAACCAAAUUAUUACAUCUAUGGAUCAUGGCAAAAGGGACAGGCACAGAGUUGGACAACUUUGAGACCGUAUUUAAUGAUAUGAUGGAUAAUAUAGAGCAGGAUGCAGAUGAUGAAAAAGGAAUGUGUGCCAGGACAGGCAGGAGUAAUAAACAAAUAUUGGAGGGAGACAUCAUAAGUAAAGAGCUAUGCAAAAUGUUAAUAAGAAUAUCCCUCUGGAUAGAUGGGUUAAAGCAAGAUUGGACUGCGGGGAAGGGGUGGCGUUGGGUACCCAGGCAGCGGGAGAAAAAGGCAAAGGAGAGAAAAUUGCAGAAUUAUUUAAGAUGUUUGGUAGGGAGGGUGACCAUGAUGCGAAUGUUAGGAAUGCAUUGUAGGUUAGGUAAAGUGGCUCCAGUAGUUAAGAUUAGUAUGGAAGAUAAAAGGAAGGAAGAGAAAUUUAAGGAUAGAAGUAGAAUAUGUGACGAAAUAGAUAGUGAAAGUGUAGGAGUAGGUGGAAAACUAAUAUGGGAACAAUUAGAUAAAUGGAUAAAUGACUAUGAGAGGGAUAAUGCGGGGAAAAAAUGGAUACGAAAAGUGGAAAAAGGGGGAAGCGCACUGCACACAAUAAAGGGACAGGGACAGAAAGCUUGUCCAAAGGAGACAGAAAAAAAGGAGAGGUCAGAAACCAUAGGGAACUUAGGAAUAAUACCCUCCCCAGGGGAGAAGCUGGACAUAGCAGAUGACAAUGUAACCUGGGGAAAGGAUGCUAUGAAGAAAAUGUUAGAAAAAAUUCAUGAACAGAGGGAAAAGAAGAGGAAACUAGACGGAUGCCACGGGAAGGAGAAUGAUGGACUGGAUGACGAAGAAGAAUUUACUAUUAUGGAAUGGUUCACAAGAUUUUUUAAUCAACCUACUGAGGAUGAUUAUAAGGACUAUGAGCCUGUCAAAUAUAACUGGGCAAUAUACAGUGUGAAUAGUGCUAUAUGCGAGAGUGAUAGUGACGAACAUGGCUUCAAGGCGGCGGAACAUGGGGAGUUCUGUAAAAUUAUGUUAAAAAAUGUAAUGAUGGCAACGGAUAAGCGGAAUGAGCAUAAGCAACACAAUGAUAAUCCUGCAUGUCAGAGGAAGUAUAUCCCAUUAUGUGACCUAUUGAAAAUAUGGAUGAUGCACAUGGGAACAGUGUGUGCACCUAGGAAAGUUAUGGAAUAUGUGUUCAAAGGUGUUGAUGCAUUGAAUGAGCAGUGGAAAAAUGAGAAAGAAUAUAUGGAUUGUGAUUAUAGUAAAGUUUCCGAUCUUUAUAGAGGGAAAACUGAUAUGGUGUAUGAAAUAUCAACCUUAUUAAGCAAAAGUACUGUGAGGGAAAAAUUAGGAACACUAAAUACUAGAGGGUGGUGCGAUCAGAGUAAAAUAAGGUAUUCAACAGUUCCUGAGAAGAACAAAGUAUUUCAACGGAGUGAUCAGGGAGGGAAAGACACAAUGGUAAAUAAUGUAAACUUGGAAGAAUUGGAGCACCUGGUUGAGAAGGUUGAUGGAGGAAUAAAGGAGGAAGAAGUAGAAAUGGAGGGUAUAAUAGAAGUUGUUCAACAAGUAGUUACUGAACAACAACAACAACAACAAUCACAAGCAGUCCAACCUCCACCCCCACCACCAAGUACACCAGCACCAAAGAAAACAGGUAAGUCUCCAACUGUAGAUUGUGAUAAACAGGAAGCUGAGGAGGGUGCAGACUUAGAUCUUAAUUUUCUUGAUUCUUGCUCUGAAGGUUCUAAUAAUAUUCCAGCAGAAUCAUCCGCUCCUCCUCCUGAUAAUGAACACCUUGAGGCCAGUGUGUCUACCGGUCCUGUUGGUCAGGCAGGUACUCAGGUAGCUGACACUACUGCUGUUCCUUCAGGCGAAACUCAGGUUGUAACGCCAUCUACUGGUCAUAUUCAACCUCCUGGUUCUUCAAACCCUGGUACUCCAGGUGGUGGUGCAAACAGUUUAGGUGGGGUAGGUGCCCCGGGAGCUGUUAGUUCUGCUCCUGUUGGUGGAGGUGGUUCUGCACAAGAUGCUGAUAGUCAAGAUCCAACUAACACCAGUCAUACUAUUCAUCAAACGAGUCAGAAGUUUCCUGUUGUAGACCAAAAGGGUCCAAAGGUAGAUGUAAAAGAUCCCCAGGUGGACACACCAUCCCAAGGAAUAGGAGGAACAACAACCUUAACACCAUCAUCCUUACCAACAUCAACAAUAGCAACAGGAACAACAGGAGUAUCGCCCCCUACAGCUGUUCCAUUUGUUAGCAAGAUGGACGACCUUUCCUACCUCCUUACCCCAUCCCUUCCUACCAUUCCUGUUUUCAUUGGUACUUCUGCUAUAAGUUAUCUCCUUUGGAAGUACUUUGGAAUACUUCGUAAGACAAGAAAACGUUAUAGAAAAGCUCCUAAAGCACUUGGUCCAAGUUUACAGGAACAACUCCUUGCUAAUGCGGACGACCAGCCAGAUGGUCCACAUGCAUAUACUUUAAUAAGGGAACGCAAACCUCGAUCGACGCCUAGAAAAAAGAGGAAAAAACGAGGUGGUGGUAGGGCUGGUCGUAGUGGUGUACGUAGACGCAUGAUUAUUGAUAUUCAUUUAGAAAUCUUAGACGAAUGUCAAAGGGAAGAUCUACAUUCGACGAAGGAGGACUUUUUUGAAAUUUUGGUUCAAGAAUUUAUGGGAUCUGAACUUAUGAAAGAAGAAAAUGUUCCUGAGGAACAAGUUUUUCUGGUAGAAGUUCCUAAGGAAGAGGUUCCAAGUUCUGAUUCCGGGUUUAGGGAAGAAGACUUUGUUCCAAAGGAAGGUGCUUCUAAGGAACAGGUCCAAUGUUCAGAUUUCUGGUUUAGGGAAGGAAGACUUUCUUCCUAA